GAUCCACACCUAUGUUCCCCAACCAUAUAAAUAUCCUUCGGCUUCAAAGCACUUCCAAACACAUAAGCAAGUCAAACAACCACAAGAGCGGAUUACAUUGACAUUCAAAAGAUCAACAUGAUGAAACAUGUUGCCGUGAAGAUCUUUCUAACACUUGAAAUGUGUGUUAUGUUUGUGACCUCACAAGAGACAGCAGCUUUACAGCCAGAUGCCUUCUGUGAGCCUAAUAAGAUUUUUUACCAAUGUAAACCGUGUCCAAAAAGUUGUGGAAACCAACCUACCCUCCCCUGUCUGAAGAGCUGCCAGCCCGAGUGUUACUGCAAACCUGGUUAUGUUCUGGCCACGCCAACGGCAAACACCUGCAUCCCCGAAUCCCAGUGCAAUUCCUGCGGCCCCAAUGCCCAGUGGUCGGACUGCGACUCCCUCUGCCAAGACACCUGUGAAAACUACCUGCAGGCCAGCAGGGCAUGCCCACAGAUGUGCCAGCCUGGCUGCGUUUGCAAUAAGGGCUACGUCAAGUAUAACGGCCAGUGCACCAGACCCAUUCUGUGUCCUCAAAGGGGGAGGUCAGUCAAUCCAUUACUCAUACCCCUUUUGGCUGCUGGAGUCUCCAAUAGCUCAAACCAUAGUAAAUGAAAAAAGAAAAUCAGCUUUGGUUUGUGUGACACAGUAUAUUAUUUAACUGCACUUUAUAUUUUGUUUUUUUUUCUGCUUAAGCUUUCAAUAAAAUAACAGUAUUUAAAAUA